GUAACUUUAUAGUCGGCCAACCUAUUUUUUCUGUCUUCUUCCCAGACUUUUUUUUCCUUUUUCUUUUUUUCUUUUUUUUUUCAUGUGGGCUAAUACACAGGCCGGCGCUGCAAUUUCGGAAUCUGCCCUUGUAUAUGGCGGACGAAAAUUUCCACAGGAGGAACCGCAACACAAACCCCGUGUGCAAGGCAGGAACGGAGAGCUUGCACGGACCGCUCAAACCUCGGCAAAUUCAUGACUCAUUACGCCAUUACGCUUUACUAAAAUGUAACGUAGCGAGUGGCGGAGGAGAGAAAAAAACGCGGUGGUGAAAUUUUUUUUUUUAUCAUUUGGAAUUUCUCAUAACUAAUUCACAAUUUUUUUCUUUUUUUUUUUGGAGGAAGCAGUUGUGCAGUCACCUCUGGUCGGGGGAGGGAAGAUUUUCUGGAGCAGGAGCCUGUUUCGCAUGAGCUGCAUCGUUUUUGGAGAAGCACAGGCUCAGCGGAGGUGGAGUCAUGAGCGCACAAGAGGCACCAAAUCCUGAGAAGGAGCAGGCAGAUGGUGGGAGUGCACUCACAGAUGCCUCAACAACCAAGGGUCCUAGUCCACCACCCGUCACUGUAAAGAAAGAACCUGGGACCUCAGAGACGAGCAACGGGAAAGUCGGGGAUGCCAACCCUGCUGAGAUCUGUGUUGUCAUUGGAGGAAGUGAUGGAGGAGCAAGUGGAGGUGGAUCCCGCAGAGCUCAGACCGAGGGUAUGUUUGCCCUUGGUACUCCUCCUCCAACGAAGAGCACAGACUCAUGCAUAGGUUCAUAUGUUUGUGGGGUGUGCGGGAAGAAGUACAAGUAUUAUAACUGCUUUCAGACACACGUCAGGGCACACAGAGAAUCAGAGAGCAUGGUUGCAGAUGGUCUGCCCCAGACACCCAACAGUAGCUUCCGUUACUCCUGUGACAUCUGUGGCAAGAAGUAUAAAUACUACAGUUGCUUCCAGGAGCACCGUGACCUGCAUGCAGUUGAUGAUCCGUAUGAACAGGUAGUGUUACCUGUGGAUGGCCUUAAAGAGGAAGAGCCGAUUGAACCCUAUCAGAAAAUUGGACCAAGAAAAAAAGCACUCGCCCUCCUCCACAGAGACCGCGGGUUCAACCAACGGCAGCGCGUGUCCCUUCAAACACAAUUGGCAGUGUUCGCAGAAACAGGGAGCUACGUUUGUGAGUUCUGCGGGAAGCAGUACAAGUAUUUCAACCCGUACCAGGAGCAUGUUGCUCUUCACACACCGAUGGGCACAUUCGAUUUGAAGGCAUCACGGGUACAGGAAUGUGGUCUGGAUAUGAGUAAAUUUGGCCACAGCCAAACUGCUAAGAUAAAAAACAGCCCAUUCAGGCGGAAACUCGAAAGUGCGAUUCAGUCUAGUCUGGUUGACACAAACAGUUCGCAGAACUCAAGUGGAACUCCGAGCCCUCUGGUGGCCAGCACAUUCUCUACAACACAGAAACCCUACACUUGUGGUGCCUGUGGCAUCCAGUUCCAGUUCUACAACAACCUGCUGGAGCACAUGCAGUCCCACGCUGCUGAUAAUGAGAACCACACCAAAGGGGACUCUCCCAAAACCUCUUCAGCCUCGGGUCCUCAGGAGCAGCUGUGGAGAGGUUCUCAGGCUCAGGCCCAUUCCUCAGUUAAACUACAAAUCCAGCCUCAAAGUAUCUCCCAGAGAAACCAUACUCUCAGCCAGAAUAAUGGGCUACCUGAGAAGGAGCGACAGCAGGUGGCUGAGCGUCUAUUACGGGUAAUGUGUUCAGAUCUGAGCAUGCUAAAUGUGCUCAACAGCAAGGACUUCCUGAAGUUGGCACAGACCCUCGUGGAUACAGGUGCUCGUCAUGGUGCCUACUCCACCCGUGAUGCUCUUGGCAACAUGAGUGCCUUGGCACUGCGCCAGCUGCCCCGCAUGUACAACCAAGUCAAAGUCAAGGUCACGUGUGCUCUAGGUUCCAAUGCAUCUCUUGGCAUCGCUGUCACCUGCCACUCCCAGACGUCUGGCCCAGACGCCUGCUUUGUUCUGACAGCCUAUCAGGUGGAGGGGUCAAGACUGAAACGCUAUGUGCUCGGUGUCAGGGAGGCUGAGCUGAGGGAAGGGCCCGACCAGGUUCACCACUGGGUGCAGAAUGUGCUGUCCGAGUUUGUGAUGUCAGACAUUCGCACCGUGUACGUCUCAGAGCCCCGAGUUUGGGGCGCAGGGUUCGCAGGAUCUCCACUGGGAGGUGGUGGCCGGGGGAGGAUAUGUUUGCGAUGCGCCGGUUGUUCACUCGGUGCCGUCGUUCAGGCUGUUCUCGGGAAGCGCAGCCUCCAGGCUCGAGGGCUUCAUGAGUUAGCCGAGCUUCUCUCCACGUGCAGAGAUAUCGCCUCCUCAACCACACUGGCUCUUCGUGAGGAACAGUCCACCAACACAUCCACAAGCACAACCGAGGAAGGUGCUCAGGGCAGCCCUGCACAAUGCCCCACUCCUCCUUGCUGGGAUCGUAUGGCUGAAGCUCUCCUGCAGGUCCAUGCCCACUUUGAACACAUUUGCGAGGCUUAUGGUCGCAGCAAAUCCACAGCUCCACUCCUCCAGGGUCUCAAUAAGCAUCUGCUGGGCACGCUGGCUUGUUUGCUGUCACCUCUGCGCCUGGCAGCUCUGGAGCUGAGCAGCCAGAGGAGGCCAACCUUACAGCAGGUGCUGCCUGUCUACCUACGUUUGGAGAAGUUUUUUACAUCUAAAGCUGGAGAGGCUGGAACGGGCACAGCUAGCAAACUCUGCCACUAUUUCCUAGAAGCACUUAAAGAAAACUUCAAGGUUGAACGAGCUCACCAGGUGGCCAUGGUCCUGGACCCACAGCUGAAGCUGCGCUCAGUGCCGGCCUACCAGCACGAGGACAUCAUCUCUCGUGCAUGUGAAAUGGCUGCUGACACCAGGGAUGGAGGUAUGACUGGGGCUGGAGGUUCAGGUGGCGAGGAUCGAGACACUGAUGGCCCACCCACCCCUAAAAUAAGCCGUAUAGACGGAAGUGGAAACAAUGGCGGCCCCUCGAGGGGAUUGUCCUCAUCCUGCACAGUGUCUGGUAAAGAUGAGAGUCAAAGCCAAGUUAGACAAGAGAUUUUUCAGUAUCUGGCUGAGCCUCUUCUCCAAGGUACACCUGAUCUCUUCCAGUACUGGAGCUCAACAGUAGGUGAGAAGUUCCCCAGGCUGGCUCGCCUGGCACUCUGGCUCCUUGCAGUGCCUGCUGUGGGCAUACGCAACGAGUGUGUGACUGUGUGCGAGCAGAGCCUGGCCAUGAAGAGGAGGCAGCAGGUAACUGCUGAGGAGAUGAACAAACUCAUUUUCCUUCGCUCUAACAUGGGCUAGGAAGAAAAAACCCAACCAACCCUAAACAACCAAACCUUCACCUCCAACCAAUGACUCAAGACUAUUAUUUAUAUACUGUAGAUGUAGACCAACUGUAAACAUAAAUGUGUAUGGACAUUGAAAACCUCUCAAGACAGAUAUUUACAGAAAAACAUUGUAAAGGUUGCAAACACCCAUAAAACAAUGCGGCUUAUUACAUAUUUUGUAUGGAGAAAGGACUGUUGUAAAGUACUGUGGACAAAAUGUAGGGGUGGAACGGUAACUCAAAAGAUUGUCCCGUUUGGUACGCUGCCCUCGGUUUGGGUUGCACACAUAAGCAGGAUGAGUUUGGUCUUGUCACAGCCAGUGAUUUGAAUUACUCCAGCCUAAUAACUAAACUGCUACAAGGCUAUAAUGCUGUUAUUCUCACUGGAUGGCAACAUUUUCAGGUUAAGUCAGCAUUCAUUGCUUGAAGCUACUGUCAUAGACCUCUGAAAACAACCCUACCAGAUUAUGAAAGUUAUCAAAGAGUGAUGUAGCAGCAAAAUAUUGUUGCAAAUACGGUAUAUUGUGGAAUUUUUAUUUUCAUUGGUAUAUGACAAAAAAAAAACAAGUGAUGAAUCUUCACUGCCAUUACUCCUCUGACAACUAAGUGCACUAGGUUUAUGAUUUCUAAUCAUGUAUCACUGAAAACUAUAUUUUUCGACAUUCAGCCACAGGUGAUGGGCAGAUAGCUGAGAGCUAAAUCACUGCAGCUAAUUUGAUGGUUGCCUCAAAAUGUAGCUGUGGAGGAUUUACGUGCACUGGAUGCGUAUUUUUUCACUCAAAAGGGUAAAAAAAAGUCACUGAUAGAAUGUAAAAAAACAAUUACAUGAUGCUUUCCUUUUCGUUUACUGUACAAAUUGUAAAAGUAAGUCAUUUGUUGAGAUGCACUAAGAGGUCAUUGCUGCUAGAUACACAAGUCAAAUUCCUAGACUUACACAGAAGAGCUUAAAUUACGACAUUCAACUUGAAUUAAAUUAAUCUUCUGGUUACGUUUUAUUGACAGUCGUACAAAGUUGAGCAUCACAUUAGUGGCCAGUUUUUUUUGAUUGAUUUUAUUCAGCCUUAUGUUGUAGCUGAAUUGCACCCUCAAGGAAUUAAACAACAUGUUGGAUAUAUAUUCCUUAUUUCAUCCUUUUAUCCGUCACAGUACAACCGAACUUAGUAACAACACAAUGAUAAUAUUAUAAGGCCAUUUUCACUUGCUUAAUGACAGUUUCUAGUGCUGAUAAUUCAGGAAUUCCACAUCAGACUCUUGCAGUCAAAUACAACUUGCAUCUGUGCAUUUGUUUUUACACACAGGACAUAUUGCCUGUGUAUUAACCUCAGACUAACAGCAGUAUUAACCAACAGCUUGCUAAGCUUGUAAGCAAGAUAUUAAUACAUAACUGCAAAAAUCAUCGUGUGUGUGUGUAUACGUUUUCGAAGCUCAAAUAGAGGAUUUGCUCAUAGGAAAGUUAUUACCUUAUUUAUUAUUCUUUCUACGUUUGUCAUUCUAAUAAUAAACAUUGUCUUCCUCAUGUGAGCUACAAUUUUUCCAUUUUUAAGGCAAUAAGCUUUAACACAGGGCAUAGUUUCCAACUUUAUCUGACUGUUCUCAUGACACUCCUACAGUUAUUAACCGUAAAUUAUCUUAUGUUUGUGAAAUCAAUGGGAUUUUCUCAGGAAUGAGCACAUCCAAGCAGGCACCGCCACUUUUCCUCACUGUACCGAAAAAGAAACCAAACUGUGACCUCAAGGCCGAGGUAUGUACUGAACCGUGACUUUUGUGAAACGUUCCACCCCAAAUACAGUUAGUGCCAUUUGCAACAAACGAGAAAAGGAAACACUGAGGGUUUAUUUUUUACAGCACAAAAAAAAAAAAACAUUCAGCCAGUGCAUUCACUAAAGUCAACACAUGCAUACUCAUGAAGUCAAGUUAUUUAUUUUUUUAUGGAUUCUAGUAUACAUUUACUUGAGCUAAUACCUCCUAAAAUGACUUGGAUGAAUGGAGGCUAUACUGUAAAAAUUUGUUUGUUGCCUCUGGUACUAAUUUGUCAAGUACUAGUUUGUUAUCUCUGUUUUUGGGCCUUAAGUCUCUCUCAUGCGAUCACCUUAAACCCUAAAGUCAGAGCGAACAUCAUGCCUUUAUAUUGCUGUUUAAUGGCCUUCUUUUGACCAUCUUUUCUAAAGCUUGUAGUUUUGUUCUUUUUUUCCCCACUCCUGUAGACUCAAAGGUUGGAAACGGUGUCCUCUAGUGUUCAAAUGAGGACUUUAAAAUCAUGCACAAAUGUGGUAUUUGGACAAGUGCUUUAUUCAUGUUGUCACAAGUUACAGAAAAGUUUAAUUAACUGAGCAUUUAUGCUCUCCGUUCAUAAAAAAGGUCAAUAAUUAUUUCAACAACAGCACACCGAAACACAGGUAUCCCCUGUAUAAACUUUUACUGAAAUGAUGAAUGAUGUAGUUUAGAAAUCACAUGAAAGAUCUUUAUUGGGGCGAGACUCUCAUUUGGAUUUCGGUUCUAAUAGUUGUUGUGCAGUGCAGUUAAGUGAUUUGACUGCUCACUUCUUGUGUUUUGGGGUUUCUUUCACCUAAAGGCUUCAUUACAAUGACACUGAGAAUCAUAAUAUCAACAGUAAAAUCAUUUUUUUUUGUCAUGUUGCCCAGCUUUAGAUACAACUUAAGGUACGAAGUAUUAUUCUUUUUCCCUGUGAAUAUUUCCUUAAUCAUUUUAACUGAAGCCUAUAUGGUGAAUAAAUUUAAGCAUCUGUUUCCUGUUUCAGCGUAAUCACCUCUGUUUAACUUUACAGUUUUCAAUAGAAAAAUUGAGAGUCAGUGCUGUCAGAAUCGUGACAGUUUAAUCAGACGUAAUGUUAAAGCGACUGUAAUCAAUAGGUUGUGAAAAGUAAUGUUGGAAAGUCAGUAAAUAAGAACUUUAAGGGCAUCUGGGUGAACGUUGUGAGUAUGAGUGCAAAGCCAAAUAUCGGAUUAUAGUCUUACUGAAACUAGAAUCUUUUUGUCCGAUAAAACGCACACGUGUGUUUCAGUUAUACAACAUUUGUCAGCUUUUGAUGAAGUGGCAUUAAAGGUAUAAAACACCUAAAUUACAACAAUUACAGGUCAAAAGCUCUGCAUCGCAAAUAGUUUCACGACGACACAAGAUGCUUUUUGAUGAACUGUAGCUCUCCUUACCUCCAAGCUUUGAUUUAGUGUUUCAUAAAUGCUUUUCUCUCCCUAAUGGUUUCUUAAAAUAUUUGUUUUGUUUUUCUUUUUAAUAUAUUUUGGUAAUAAAAGAAAAUUGCUGUAAAUUUAAAUUUAAUUUUCUAAGUACCAAUCCAAUGUGUUACCUCAGUACUCGGAAAGUAGUGUUGUAAUUUAAAGAUUGAAAAUUAGAUAUUCACACAAAAAUUUAAGAUUGGUCCAAGGAAUAGUCAAAAAACUGUACAUUGGUUUGUUGGUUUUACCGGUGAUCUUCGACUGAACUGAUGAAGGGAUUCUUUCUUACAUUUUUUAAAUAAGUAUUUUCAAUAGGAUAUGCUCUGGGACAAAAUGCCAUUGUUGACGUAAUGAUGUCAACUUAAUUUUACUUAGAAAUAGCAUUCUUUUUGUUGAUUAAAUAAGAAUUAUAUCUAAGAUAUGCAUGCUUUUAAUAAGAGUACUGAUAUAUAAUGUUAUAAGCCAGUGUUUCUCAUCAGAUGGAAAUUAAUCAUACUGGCUCUGAGUUGAUGUUACUUAAAGACGCUCAUUAAGAGUCAGAUAAGCGAACCCGGACUGAAUUUGAACCUUUCAAGGUGGGAGUAGCUGUGCUGAUCAUGGGUUGGUGUUUAUGGGUUGACAUCAUCCAUUUUCAGAGGAUGUAUUAUGUAAAUACAAGAGAACUGCUGUUUUUAUGCCACAAGGGGGCACCUUCAUUUCAGAGAUAAAGUAGGGAGCACCAAUAACAUUAUACCUCUUUUUUCUACAGUAGCAUUUCAAAAAGGUUUUGAUAUAAUAGAAAACUCAACUUAGAUACUGUUACUAGAAAACUGAAAUCAGCUGUAAGUUUUAUUUUGUUUCAGGAUUUUAACUUAUUCAGAUAAUAAAAAGUUCAGUUGUGAAAUGUGGUAUAAGAAUGCUAACACGGAGAUCUGUUCUGUUCAACUAUGGAUUCUAGUCUGUAUUAUCAAUUCAGGUUAAGAAAUUAGUGUUGCUUUCAUCCUACUUUACAGGCAUUUCUUCCUUUUUAUACUCUGCUAAAAUGCAAAAAAAAAAAUAUGUUUGAUUCUAUUCAUUUUGUCUUUUUAUCGCACUUUGGCAGCAGAUUCCUGAUUCAGAUCUGAGUUGUCUUAUUAGUAAACCUAAUUUAUACUUUUGUAGCAACACUAUUUUUAUAUAAUGGCAAAGAAAGGGUUCUGUGUCUUUUUUUUCGUUUCUCCUGUGUCAUAUAUGACAGCGCUGUUCAAUGUUUCUUGAAUACAUUACCCACUGUAGUAUGUUACGUGUGAAUAAACUCCAAAUCUGUCAAA